UGCAGGUCGUGUUCGUGGGCACCCUUUAAAAAGGAGGUGGGGUGCGAUGCGAUGGGGGUGUGCGCGGUCUCGCCCCGCCCGGCAGGAAGUUCUGACUCGACGUUUACCAGCGAGGAGGCACAGCAGAGGAAAACGUUUUCCCUGUCACAAGUACUUAACGCGGCCGAAAGAAAGAAGCGAGUGCGUGCAGUCCCAAGUCCAAUGGUCAGGGGCGCACUCCACCCUUUGGACCGCGCCCGGUGCACAAAGCUGCAGCGGGUCUGCAUAAGUUUUCACCCAGAGCGCCGAAUUGAGCACGCAAGUGAAGCCGGGGGGUACCGACCGCAAUCAUGUCCGGACAGCCGCGCUUCGUGAACCCCUUUCACAGUAGGACGCACAGCCUCGCCGCUGCCGCCGCCCCUGCAGGCAAAGCCAAGCUGACCCACCCUGGCAAAGCCAUCCUGGCAGGCGGCAUCGCCGGCGGCAUCGAGAUCUGCAUCACCUUCCCCACAGAGUACGUCAAGACGCAGCUGCAGCUGGACGAGAAGGCCAACCCGCCCAAGUACAAAGGCAUCGGCGACUGCGUCAAGCAGACGGUCAACGGACAUGGCGUCAGGGGUCUUUAUCGCGGUCUCAGCUCGCUGCUCUACGGCUCCAUUCCCAAAGCCGCCGUCAGGUUCGGCGUCUUUGAGUUCCUGAGCAACAAGAUGCGCGACCAGAGCGGCAAGCUGGACAGCAAGCGCGGCUUCCUGUGCGGCCUGGGCGCCGGCGUGGCCGAGGCCGUGCUGAUCGUGUGUCCCAUGGAGACCGUCAAGGUCAAAUUCAUCCAUGACCAGACGUCGGCUAAUCCCAAGUACAAGGGAUUCUUUCAUGGUGUGCGCGAGAUCAUCAGAACUCAAGGUCUUGGAGGAACAUACCAGGGUUUGACGGCCACCAUUCUCAAACAAGGCUCCAACCAGGCAAUCCGCUUCUAUGUCAUGACCUCGCUCAGGAACUGGUACAAAGGCGACAACCCAAACAAAUCCAUUAACCCGUUUAUAACGGGAAUGUUCGGAGCGGUCGCCGGAGCGGCCAGUGUGUUCGGAAACACGCCGCUGGAUGUGGUCAAAACUCGAAUGCAGGGUCUGGAAGCGCACAAGUACAAAGGCACCCUGGACUGCGCCAUCAAAAUCAUGAAGCAUGAGGGGCCCAAGGCGUUCUACAAAGGCACCGUACCUCGUCUGGGUCGGGUGUGCUUGGACGUGGCCAUCGUCUUCAUCAUCUACGAGGAGGUGGUGAAGAUUCUCAACAUAGUUUGGAAGACAGACUGACACAGACGAACACUUCUGGACCGCCCUAAACCGGUUUCCUCCAGUUCUUGGUUCUUCCCCUGUCUACCUCUGAGUUAUCAGAGGCGUGCAAAUGAAAAGUCGCAGUUGGCUUUGUGAUUUUAUUUAGACUAUAAGGAGGUGCAGCAGAAGCAGCGUUGUCAGGAAAAGGGCAGGAACUUACUGACCAUGUUGAAAUGUGGAAGUGACUCAGGAAGGGAGGUUAAGUGUCGGAACGGAAAACAGCACAGCAACAACUUUCUCUUAAUUAGAGGAAAGAAGGUGACACAUUAAAUGACCACAAAAUGAUACUUGAAUAUUAUAGAGUCCUCUUACAUAUGCAAUGACAUAGAUUUUCUUUAUAAAUGAGAUGUGAUGGAUAGGAUUCAGCCUUUAAGUGCCUAUUAGUUGUCAGUUAUGAGUUUUUUUUCUGAGUUACAUGAAUCUAGUCAGCGUAAUGUUUUUUUUUUUUGCCUUUUCAGAGCAAUUAAAAAGCACUUAUAGUGCCUUCUAUGCCAUUCCACAGAAGCUGGGUGCCUUUAAGAGUUUAUAUCAGAUUAACUUUAUGAUACUAAUUGCCUUUUUCUGUCCUGAUGUCCAAUGUGCCAUAUCAGAGGUUGUCGGUGCGUUUACACGCAGUGCACUUGCUAGUUAAGAUGUUUACUUGAUGAUCUCAGCGCCAGCCUGGCCUUCAUAUACAUGCCUUGCUCAUGACUUCUGUAUUCCAUUACACUGGGGUUCUUAAACGUUUUGGAUCCAGGGACCCCUGACAGCGAAGCCAUCUUGCGGUAGCUUUGUUUGAACUAUGGCGAGGAGACUUUGAUUUGCCGCUAUCUAGAGCAGGGGUGCCCAAGUCCGCUCCGUGAGAUGCCGAUCCAGCCUGUUUCAAAUGUUUCCUUCUUCCAUCAUACCCCAUUCAAAUGAUCAGGAUCAUAAUUAGGUUUCUCAGAACUUCAACGACCGGACUUGUGCACCCCUGAUCGAUUGGCAAUGCCAAAGUGUUUUGCUUGGGGGUGUCAAUUAUUCACUUAAUUCUCAUAGUAUUCUUUUAUUCUGGAAAAGUGACCAAGACUCUCUAAAUAUUUUGUGCCAUAAUAUAUUCUCUUAACAAUAUGCCUUUAAAAAAUCAUUCAUGUAGGGAUGCCCAUUCUUGCAAUGGUUUAAAAAAAUAUGACAGCACUUUGUGGAUUAUCAUGACCAACAUGUCUGAGAAUUGAUGAAUACAUUAAAAAAACACAAACAACUUUUAGCAAGCAAAGCAAAAUUUUUUGCGAACACCCAGGAGUCCAGACACCCCAGUUUGAGAACACCUGUCUUAACAGAUGCUGACAUCAUAGUAUCAUUCCUGUGCCUUAAGUCUUUUUACUGGUUAUGCUUUGAUUGUUGACAAAUAAAAUCUGCUGAAAUUCGA